AGACAGUGUUAUAGGCAGGAAUGGGUUGUGAGAUUGCAGCAUUCUCUGCUCUAUUUUAAUGAUGAACUGAGAAAAUGAACAUUUUUCAUGCUGUAGGGUCUCUAUGCCAUACGGCCUUGAUGUGUUACUAGGAGAGACGGUGUAAAGGUCGGAACGUAUUGUGCUCUAUUUUAAUGAUUAACAUUUUGUCUUGAUGUGGGGUCCUGACAGCCUUGAUGUGUUACUAGCAGAGACAGUGUAAAGGCAGGAACCUGUUGUCAGAUUGCAGCACUCUCUGCUCUAUGUUAAUGAUGAACUGAGAAAAUUAACAUUUUUCUUGAUGUUGGGUCCUGACGGCCUUGAUGUGUUCCUAGCAGAGACAGUGUUAUAGGCAGGAAGAUUGCAACAUUUUCUUUUUUUCAAUGAUGAACUGAGAAAAUUAACUUUUUUCUUGAUGUGGGGUGCUGAUGGCCUUGAUGUGUUCCUAAUAGAGACUGUGUUAUAGGCAGGAACGUGUUCUGAUAUUGCAGUAUUCUCCUUCUUUCACUGAUGUACCAAAAAUAACGGAGGACAUUUUUUAGACUAAGGGGUCAUGAUGGCCUUGUGUGCCUCUAGUGGCAACAGUGUUAUAGGUGUGAACGUCUUGUAGUGAGAUGUCAACUUUCUUGACGCAUGACACAGAUUGAGAUGACUGCCAAUCACAAAUACCAGGCAAACAUACAGAUGAAGUGGCUUGGAUAUAUGAUAUGGUCGCUGUGUCGGAAUCGUGGGAACUUGGAAGAAAGUUUGUGUUAUCCAGGGCUCUGAAAUUCCGCCAGCGCCCGAUGAAGACCACGUGGAAGGACCUGUCUCCCACCCACAGCAAAGGUCAGCUGACUUUGGGAGGUCAGAUACCAUGUGACAAUCAUGUGACCCUUAACAAUCCGGCUAACUCUGCGACCAUCACAAUCGAUGGAGGCUUCCAGCUAGAGCAGGGCCCUGUCAUCAAGAUGGACUCCAAUAUCAUCAACACCAAGCUGGAGGAGCGACAAGUGUCCACGUUGCCACGGCGAUCACGCAAUCGCACAAAAACAUGGAAGGAUCUUUCACCAACCAAGGAGAAGAACAUGAGUUCCAGUUAUGGAGGAAGUCCUAAAAUGAAGAAGAACGAAGAGAACAGUAACCAACUGGUGACAUGGAAGGACCUCUCCCCAUCAAAGGAACCGUCAUCGCCUGAGAAGAAAAAGAAAAAAAAACGGCCCGAGAGCGGGUAUUUCUCAAAUGAUGUUCAAAGUGAUGUACAGGAGUCACGGGAGGGAAUUGAUGUGUCUUUGUCGGAAAGUGAGAGCGGCCGUGGAAGAUCAACAGCUGCUUCCUCUCCUGAAGAGGGAUGCUUCAAUAACGAGUACUUCUACGAUGAAGACUUUAUUGUUCAGUUUGAUACCAACAUCCGCGAUGGAUCAGUUCCCCGAAGUGAGGGGGAGCCUGAACCGGUUCUACCCUUUCCACAUUCUCUUACUGGAAGUUACACUCGAUUUGGAACUCUGCCUGACUCACAGCAAGAUGUGUUUCUCGGACCGUAUGAAUCCGAACUGUCUGGCAGUCGGACAUCGAUGGAGAUCUCAUCCAGCGAGCGUGAGAUGAUGUGUUCUAGUGAUAUGUUAGAUUUCAGCAAUGAUCCACUGUUCACUCCAACUCCUACGGGAGAGCCAUUGCCUCAACACUUUUCUGUGGACAGUUUAGGACGUUGUCAGGAGCUUGUGAAUAGCCGGUCUUCAACCGAUGCUCGUCUUGCGGUAACCUGUUGUCCCAGGAAGGAUGAAUACUUCUUGUCGUUUAAUGAAUCUCAGAGCCAUUUUACAGCAUCCGAGAGUGAACAUUCUUACGUCUCACAAUCCUCGUCUCAGGGAGGGGCGAGUAACUCUUGCAGCCCAUCGUGCAGUUCAAAUGGAGAGGAGGCGGAGGAAAUUUGUUCGAAUAGUUUUCACUUUUGUCAAAUGCAGAACACUGAUCCAAGUCUAAGGGCAAGUAGAGCCUAUCGACCAAACAGCCACCAACGCGGCUGCUCUCUUGGUGCAGUGCAGGAACGAUCAAUUGAAAAGUCAGAGCUUAGUGACCUUGAGAAAGGUCAUUGCAGCAAAUCUUCAGGUUCUAGUAGGUCACACAGUUGUGGAAGUUUGCGAUCUCCAGCAAGGUCUCCAUCUUGUUACAAGUUAUCUUCCCACACUGGAACUCUUCAGUCUUUAGAAGAUAUGCACUAUUCUGAUGAGGUGAAUGCUGAACCAAGGUACUCAACAUACGUCACGUCUUGGAAGCACGUAAAAAAUCUGAGAAAGUUUGGUAAACUUGAAAACAUGUUAGAGACAUCGCGAUGCAACAGCUUGCCUGACCUUAGCCAUCCUGUUCAGCACAGGAAACUGGAACGAGCAAAGAAACGUGAAAAUUUACAGGCAAUGGCCGACAGCUUCCACAAUAAGCGACAUUCCGCAUCACUUCUGGAAAUGUACCAGAGGAUGCGAUGUCCAUCAAAUCCUGUGUCUCCGGACACCAUGAAGACUGUAGAGCAAAUCUUGUUUCCCCAGAAUGGCCUGGCUGACGAAAGAUUUGGUGAUCAUUUAUUGUCAGUCUCGCGUACAGGCCUUGACCAGGAUGAUUACAGUGAGCAUGAUUCAGACAUUUGUGGAUGUGGGAACAGAGGCUUGAGACUUAACAUCCCAACUGAAGUUGGUCCUGGUGUCAUCAGGAGUCGAGAUUCGCGGACCAUGUCACCGUCUUUCAGGAGCCAUUCAACCGGAAUGACCCCCGACACCGUUGUGCUCUGGCAAGGCACCAAGAACUUUGCUUCCCAGUUUCCGCCUAAGACACAAGACUGUGGUAUUCAGACAUCUAUUGAUGGGAGUAAAGGCCCCGUUCUGUUGGACCACUCAAUGCAGACGUCUCCAAACUCACCGCAGAGAGAUUUCAUCUCUUUACUAGAUGACGUAUGUGGCCAUGAACCUCGGACGGAGCUAAAAGACCCGGACACCCCUUCACCAAGGAGAUGUGUAUCAGCAAAUGAAAUUAGAGCCAAAAGAACAAAAUCUAUGCCCAACUUCAAAAGAUCUGCGAGUCUUUCUCCAUCUCGAAUCGGAAAGAACUCUUUCUAUACCCAUAAUUCCCUGCCAGAUCUUAGCUUCUUGGCAUCAGGAAUGGAGCAGACUCAUAGUAACAGCUCCCUGUUUGACCCGGUUCAGAUUCCCAUUAUUCUGAGACCAGUUAUUGAUGACAGUCAACAGACGCAGUGCAGACAGACGGGGUCGUGUAGUUGUCAAGGUCACAAGGGUCACGUGCCAAGUCAUGUAGGAAAUCUAGCCUCCAGUAGCAGCGGAGUAAGCUCGACAUCGUCUUGUUUUGACCCGGGAUACGUGGAACCGAGACGAUGUGCAUCGUUAGCGGCAGAUCUCGAAAGGAUUCUGUUCCUUCCUCCUCAUCUAGAGGGUGUACCCAAGUUUGUCAACAACAGUGAGCAGCAGACAUGUCUACCUCAUCAUCACACGGACUGUCAACGCGAUGGGGGGGAGCGCAAGUAUGAUCGGUACGCCUAUGAAAUGCAUCCUGGGAACUGCCCAACGAGUCCGAAGCCAAAGCCUCAACGUCGUCCUCUUAGCAGCAGCAGCUCCUCCAACUCGACCAGCUCACUACACCUGGAGGGUCUGUAUGCCGUAAAGGAAGAACAGAGUCCUACAUCACCAGAGAAACCAGAGACAGGGCCGAGUUGGUUCGAGCAGCAGCGGUUCGGCAACAUCCAUCUAAGAAACUACACUGCUGAGGAGCUGUGCUAUGGUUUGUCCGACUGCCAGGAUGAAAACGACAGCAUUACUAUUGAGAUCUAUGAACAGUUUGCUCAUGAUCGCAAGCCUCUGAAAUCCUGUUUACGUAAGAAAGCCAAAGGUUAUAGGUCAAGGUCAUUAUCUAACCCUGACAGUUUGUGUGCUCAGAGUGAGGCACCCCCAAGGAAACCCAGCCGACAUUCAAUCGCGUGUGAUGGAAUAUUCCCACAGCUAGUCGACGAAGAGCAAUUUGAAAAUGCAAACAUUGAGUGUAUACGUAACUUCUGUGAUGAAGGAUUACCUCCCCCUGAAUUGCUCCAGGAGACUGAAGUAAACCUGGUUGGGAUUGUUUCAUCAAGCAGUAGCUCCUUCGAAGAUUCAAAGGCCAACAAACGAGUGAGCUUCGCUUCUGAAGUGUCCUUCCACUCACCACAGUACAGCCCCCAGUGUUCCCCAAAGAGACAAGGAUCUUCCCCGAAGCCUGAGACGGACGAGGAACACCUCACCUUACAGAUUACACAGUCGGAUGACAGCACAACGGUUCAGCUUGUCCCAAAGCAAGGACUGACCAACACAGGACCAGAGAAACCACCACGGCUCUCACAACAGCAGGCUCAAACCCGAGACUUCACUCCACAGCCUAUUGGACGCAGCCCUAGUGCCGAGUUUGCCUUUGAAAUGGCAAGAAAAAGAGCGGUUCUGAUUAGUGUAUCCCAGGCAGCAGAAGCUCUAGUCACACAUUUCGCCCAGGCUAGGGAUCCUUUCGAUAAGUUGCGACUAGGUAGUUCUGCUGAGAACCCUGCGAUCAGCAAGUUGGUUGUGGCCCAGCUGUGCCCAGCCAUUGAGCAUGUGGUGGAGAACGGCAUGAAGGCCUUCCUGACGGGGUUCCAUGUGUUUGGCAAGAUCCACAUCACACCAUGGAGGGUCGCCGAGAUGUCUUCAGAAAUUGGCCCCUACACCCGCGCCGUGAAUGAGCUGGUGCGACAACUGAAACUGAAACAGACCUUAAUAUCCAACAAGCAGAAGUUCUACGCUUUCAUCAUCGGACUCCUCAAUUUGCGUCUCCUGGAUUUCUGGAUGGGCUAUGUAAGAAGCAAGAAGAAUAUCGUAGAUCGAGUGUACAACCCAUCUGCAAUCUUGUGCUUAAGUCAGUCCCACCUACAACGUGGCUACGACGACAUGUUGCUGGCCCUCCAACCAUUGGCAGUCCUGCCCUUCCAGUUGGAGUUUGACAUAGUCACACCAAGCACACAGCCUCCAGGUCAAAUGGCCACCGAGGCCAAAUGCAAACAACACUGUAACUCCUUACCAAGGAACUAUGAACAUCAGAAUGCUGAACAGAGGCUAUCGGGGAGCGACAUGCGGGAGAGUAUGGAUGGAGAGAAGGGUCACAAUUGGAAGUUGUUUAACAAUGCGACUUUCCCAAGGGCAAGGACAUCCAUGACUAAUAUGACCACCUUCAAGGGAGGUAACUCUGAGAAGAAGUCGUUGCUGCCACCAUCUCCAACAAAGAUGCCUGGAAUGGAGACAGGUCUUGUAUCACAACCGGUGAAGAUCAUUGAGAACAAUCAAGUCCUGGAUCUCAAGUAUGAGGACAGGGAGGAGAAUGAGGAGAGAAUUCAUGUGGUGCAGUCCCCAGUCAGUUCAAUUACCAACCUGGCAGCCAAGUUCCUGCAGAAGACCCAAAGUCUAGAUCGGGGGUACAGAAACGGAGCGACGGAGUACAACUUUGCGAAUACAAAACUGAAACAGACAAGCUUGGAGUCAUCUUCCCAGGAAUCGAGCCAUGCGACCCAAGAUGGCCGGCAUGUCGUUCUGGACGGUAGGCAGUCCCAAGAAAGCAUGUCAUCGUCGUCAUCUCAAACAAUGAUGCAGCCGAAACAGUCACCGAGAAACUCUUUCAACAUCAUCUCCUUCUUUGACAAACUUCUGCUGCCUGACAAGAUGAACCCGAAGUCGUCCUUGACCAGGAACAGUUGGACAGAGGGCCAGAGGAGCAGUCAGGAGCCGGCUCCAGAGGACACACGGAGCAAGAGUCUUUCCCCUCAGCACCAGCCACAACACCAGGCACCAUCAGUGUGUAACACAAGGGUGGAUGAAGCCAGGAGUGUGGGGAGUAGUGAUGAGAACGACAGUCGCAAGGAGUCGAGUGAUGAGAACGACAGUCGCAAGGAGUCGAGUGAUGAGAACGACAGUCGCAAGGAGUCGAGUGAUGAGAACGACAGUCGCAAGGAGUCGAGUGAUGAGAACGACAGUCGCAAGGAGUCGAGUGAUGAGAACGACAGUCGCAAGGAGUCGAGUGAUGAGGAGAAGAUGGGGGCCGGCGAGACCAUGUCCGAGGUCCUGAAGUCCGAGGACGACAUCCAGGUAGAAACAACGGAGUCGGAUAAUUCUGAUAUGUCUCAAGCAAUGAAUAACCUAGGUCUGGACGAUAAGGAGGUGGACACUGAAAUGGAUUGUGCCAAGAAUAUAGCUGACAAUGCCUGUGGUGCAGAUAUGUCGGGUUCCACAAAGAGCUCAAGACUCAGCACUGUCACUCCAGAUGCUUCUUCAAGUGAAGCUGUUGAUGAUCCAGUUCCGAAUGUUCUAAAAGAAAAUGUGUCCCCUUCCUCUGCCCCGAAAUCGACACGAGCUUCAGUUGCCAGGGGAAACAGAUUGGAGGUUGGUUUGGGACAGUAUUACCCUAACGUGGAUAUUAAUGCUAACUCCCCUGACUUCCAUCCCGACCAUUAUGCAAUUGGGCAUACUGAACAUCCCAACCAAUCAGAAUCAAACUCACAAAAAGCAUGCCAGCCGAACCAACAAGAAUCCAGGUUACAAAACGCAUGCGGGCCCACCAAAUCAGAAUCCAGUUCAGAAGCAGUAUGUGAACACAGCCAAUCAGAGGCAAGUGUGCAGCACCAAUCAGGGUGUUCGGAUCAACACUUGAAAUCACCUGAGCCGUCGACCGAUUCUUCAGGGGACUCCUUCCAUAGAACAAUGUACAGGUACGUGAUUACCCUGGUAUCAUGUGAUCCAGACGACAACGAUCACAUGAACUACGAGAUCGGGGAGUACCUGGAAGUGCUGGCCCAGCUGGACAGCGAUUGGUUAUAUUGUGCCAAUGGGAAAAUUGAGGGAUUGGUUAGAUGCAGUGCAGUUCAACCAAUCACAGAUGAGGACAUGUUUGAACAACUCCAUGACAACUUUUAUCGCUGACUCAUCACAAGUCAUAUAUGUAUUCAUAUAUAUUGUAAUUUAAAACCUUGUGGCAUUACGAUUUUUCUUAAAAAUUUAACAUUGUGCUAUUAUUGUUCAAAUUAUUCACUCAGACUGUUUCGGUUAAGUGUGCUGGGAAGAGUAGUCAUAAACGUUUAAUCACUGUUGUUUUGAAAUAUGGAAUUAGAAUUGAUGCAUUUAUUAUGAAAAUUUAGGAAUAGUAGCUGCACAUGUUCUAACCUUGAGACAGUUUCCAUACAUCUUCCCGAGGCAAGGACGUUAACUGACUAUAAAAGUCCAGUUUCCACCCCUGCCAAACUAGGCUGGAAUUUCCAGGCUCGAUUGUAGCACCACCAGUGGCUGUUACGAGUUAUGUCCCUUCUAUGUUCUCCCUUUUACCAAUCAGAUUCCAUCUCUCAUAUCACUUGCAUUUGCUUCAAACAAAAUGGCGGCGACCAGUCAAGACCAUCUGCUCGAUAGUCAAGAUCUGUAUUGUAAUAAAAUGGGACUUACCCCAUGAAGUGCAUCAAAUCAUGUGAGCACCUUGAUUAAACACAUGAAAGAAUUUGCAAAAUAUCUGUCGACACCCAGUUGACGGUACGCAUGCUUUGCAAAUCCUGCAGUUGAUUGAAAUCUGCACGUUGAAAUCUAUGUGGUUACGAACCAGAUGACUAGUCUGUUUCUCGAUUUUGAUUGGAUUAUGCAUAGAUUCGUUAGUCCAGCCAACAUGUAACAGAAUGUCUAUAAUUGCAGCCUAGUUCGGCAAGGAUGGAAACUGGACUUUUACAGUCAGUUAACUCCCUUGCCUUGGGAAGAUGGAUUCCAUAUAAUUGAGAGCAUGAGUCAUUGUGUUCAAGUACUGUAUACAAUUCUCAGUGUAGGACGAUAUGUCAACAAUACCACCCAGGUGUGACUAGAUGUAUAAGACUUGUGUCCAGUUGUUGUCGACACAAUGAAGCAUGUACAAAUUGUGUCCCGAUGUAACGGAGGAUUUGUUUCACUUAGAGAUGAUAGACAACACCAAUUGGAUAAGCACCCUUGAUAUUGUCAAGUGACGAAUAACAUUCACAGUACUUGUGUGAGAGUUAUCUCCCUUUAUUCUUACCAUUGUGCUUGCUGCCCAUUCAAAAUGUCAAGUUGUUUUCAGUAAUAUAUCAUUAGUUUAUAGAUACAGAUUGAAAAUCACUUUCAGGAUGAUGAUCUAAGGGAGACAACUCUUACUUGUCUAAGGGAGACAACUCUUACUUGUCUAAGGGAGACAACUCUUCUUUGUCUAAGGGAGACAACUCUUCCUUGUCUAAGGGAGACAACUCUUACUUGUCUAAGGGAGGUAAUUUUAAUAGACCAUGUGGCCCUAACUUGGACCUUACUGCUGCAAUACAUGUGACUAUAAAGUGCAUUUAGAUGAACAACCUUUGUUUGUUUCACAUUUAAUCAUCAUCAUACUCUCUCAUGUUGUUGAUAACUAUAAUCAUUCAUUGUAACUAUUACUAAUCAUUGAAUAUCGUAGCAGAUAGAGAUCAUAUGGUUCUGUGUAUAUUACUGUGUGUCACGUUCACCUGUAUGGGAAACUUUGAGAAAUCAAUACAGUUAUUAGCCGAUGUAACGUAUUCCAGUAUGGUUUUGUUGACAUUAGUCAUUUGUCCCCUUUCAAGCACUAUUUUGUGGUCAGUGAGUAGUAAUAUGCACGCUUUAAGGAUGUCUUGCCUUCUCUGUGUCUAGAGGCAGAGGCAUAAGAUUUAGACGUCGCCAUAGAGAUUGCUUUAUAUUGAUGUAUCCUUGAUCUAUUCCUGUGGGUAGAGAUUAUCCAGGCCAGAGGACCUGUGAGGUCAGGGUCUGGUUUUAAGGGGGAUAGACUUUGGUAAUUGGCAGUUCAAGAAAGUUUGAUAGAAGUCUGUCAGACAUCAGUUUCUAUGUAUACCGGAAUUAAAGCUUACCUAAUUCACGUUUGGCGGUUAUUUCAAUUUCUGGAUCUUGCUGAUAUCGGCAUACAUCCUGGAGCAUAGUCCCCCUUUAAUACAUAUAAUAGUUACUUGCACAAAGUGCAGCCUGAUAGUCUUUGAUCAGAUACUUAAAAAUAAAGACAAGCUUCUUCCAUAAGACUGGCCUGGCUGUCUCAAAUUCAAAGGCUUUUAUUGAGGUCAGGUUUAAGGCUUAAAAACAUAAUAUUCUUGGUUCUUAGGCACCGCCUGCAUCAUUAUACGAUUUGUUUUUAUUUCCAUUUUUAACAAAAACAAAAAAAUGCUUAAAUAUUCCAAGUCCAAAGGUAGUCAAAUACUGUAUUCCAGUAUUGUUUAUUUGUUUAUAUACAAGUUUGAACAACUAAAAAAAAAAGACACCGCCCACACUAUAUUUUCAAAAAACAUUGCCUGAGAACCAAUUCUUUUAUUUUUUUAAGCCUAAUGUUAGGAACGAAAAAUCAAAUUGACAUGUUUUAAUCAAAAGAAUAUUUGCUCGCACUUGUGCAAUAUCUGAAGCAUUAUUUGACAUCUCAUAUAUAUAUUACAGUCAUGUUUGCCAUGUCCUACAUGAAGAGACACUUGGCAAUUUGAGAGAAAUACAGGAAAGAAAACGUGAUUCCAAGAGAACUGAUUACUAUUUCACAUAGCUACAAAAAAUUAAUUGCAUAUUCUCAUGCUUUUGUAUGCCCACCUUAUGUGAUUUCGAGGUGCUCAGAGCAUGCUCGACAACGAUGUUGUUACCUGCACUGUCUGUGUUGUUGAUGUUGCAGUCAUUGUUGUGUUGUGACAUCUCCUAUCAUUGUUGUAUGUACUCAUCCCAAGCCUCCCGAUCCUCGUGGCCCAGGCGUUCCUGUGUAUGGUUAAGGGUCGUACAUUUUCAUUAUUCGUCCUGUGCCACUUGAAGUGUGUAAAGCAACACUAGAUAUGCAAUUACUUCUGCAUGAUAUUUAUGUGGAAAUUACAUUGUUUAUUUUUGAUGGAAUUAACACACUAUUGAUAACCACUGCUUUAAACAAUGUUGAAAAUAACCAAAAACACAAGUAUUAGAUCAAAUAAAUGGCAAUACCUGUUAAAAGAAAUUUCUUUUCAAAAUUUGCUUUGAAUUAUUUUCAGCAAUCAAACACACGAAGUAGUUUUGUUAUUAAUCAAAAGUUUUCCAUGUAAUAUUCUGACAAUCUAGCUUUCUUUGUAUACCAGGAAUGCAACGGAGUUAGAAAUGUGACAUUACAUGUUGAUGAUGGGCUUUAGGAGACAUUAUAUGAAUCAUGUCGACACAGCAAUAGUUUCAUAAUCUGGGUUCAUUCAAGAUAACACCACUGUGCAUGCUUUUUGUGCCAAGAUGUGGACGAGCAUGUUCACAGCUUCUACCGGAACUUAACACAGAAACGUUUAUGGAGUAAUACAGAUACGUUUAUGGAGUAAUACAGAUACGUUUAUGGUGUAAUGGAGAUGGUUUUGAAACUUAUUCAGGAACUAUUCAUGUAAUUGUAAGUAAGGUUUUCCCCUGUUGUGCGGAGAACUCCUGAUUCGAUGACACAUGUCCGCUGGUCCUGAGAGGGAAGUUCUAGAAAGACGUAUCAUCCCCUCAAAUCUGUUUUUUAUACAUGAAAUGAGCUGUGGAUUGAGGAUAUUAUUGAUGCUCUUACUUACAGGUCAAAUUGAAACAUUUUACUCCGGAAAUGUACAUUAAUUUUAGAUAAGGAUCGUAUUUUGUAAAAGCCCUUUUCAUUUUCAAAUGAACUGCCCAUUCCAUUACAGUUUGUCUUGAAUGCAACUCGGCCGUAUGUUAUACUUCAGUAUUUCAUGCAAUGUCAUUCUGGUCAGAUCUGUUACUCCGAUAUGAAACCUCUCAGCAUGAAGUAGUGAUGACAUUUCUGGAAAAGGUCUCUUCAUGUUAUCCCAAGUGAACUUUCACAGCCUAAUUUUCCCAAAGGAUGUGGGUGCUUGAAGCCAUCGGACGUCAGCUUUCUGAUACAAUUCUGAUAUUCAGGUACAUUUCUCGUAACACACCCUUUCUAGUGUUGAUUCCAUGGUGUUCAGACACAACUUGACGUAUAAAAUGUACACGACAUUAUUACACAGCUUUACUUUGUUUUAUUUGGAACUCCCUGAUCAUGUUCAUUUUCAAGAUACAGAAAUCAGAAAUGCUUGUCUGAAUGCCUUGUUGGUCGACGUUAUUCAAGUGAGUUGUUCCCCUUUGACGUAGCCGGGCAACGUAGAUAAUCGCAAAGGCCGAACAAUCGUACCCUAAAGCUGGAGAGAUAUGACAAUCAGUAUUGGGAGAAAGAUACAGAUAACAGCCGUGAAAAAUGUGAGAUUAUCGGGAAGAAAUAUCAAAAUUACCCCCCUGAUCAUAAAAUGGACUAAUCCGACAUUGUCGAGGUCGGAUUGUAUUCAGGGAGCCAUCUUUUUUUUUUUUGGUUUGGUUUGGUUUGUUGUUUAUCUCAAUGCUGAUAAAAAAGUCGACCUCACGAGACCUUACCAGCUGUCCUCAGAACUUCAUGCGGAGUAUCAUGUUGGAGUAAAAGAUCUGCUUUUGAUGAGAUUGAUAUUUCAUGCCAGUUGUGUGCCAUAUUAUCCUGUGCAAUCUUGUAUUUAUUUUUACACCUGUAUCUCUAUUCGUACAUGUUGGCUUGACAGCAUCUUCGUGACAUUUGAAUUUUGUCAUUAUUUACAAAGUAUAGAAUUUACACUUGUUUGUUAACCUGUAACUUUGUUUUUCCUGUUGAGAUUUUUGUACAGAUUUAUUUGUUGUUUUGUUUAGAUAUUUCAUUACAGCUGAGUCACAGCUGCUUGCCACUGUCUGGCAGAGUAGCACACACCCGGGGCUGACUCAAGCUCGAUUUAGUCACGUACCAGUACAGAAAUCAAAGUCAUGUCAGAAUAAGGUUGAUUUCUUCUCCAUUCAUGUGUAAUGCUACGAGAACACUUUUUGUCCUCUUUCCACACAUUGUGAAUUGGUUGUGGUGUAAUCACUACAACUGGAUAGAUUAGGACAUUAGAGUUAUCUCCCCUGUGCAACCGUUUCCUUUUAAAUUUCAGAAUAAUUGAAUUUCAACCAAUGUUUGUAACCUCUACACCUUUGAGCUAUAAUAAGCUAUUUACAGAACAAUCCUAUAUAAAUGUUUGUUUUGGAAAAUACACCUGCAUUUGAUUUCCUAUCCGUGACUUUCACACUUUAAAGAGUGUGAGUGAGUGAGUGAGUUUGGUUUAACGACACUUUUAACAUUAAUCCAGUUAUGUCCUGCGUGUCAGCUUAAUGUGGGAGGAAAGCCCAAAGUGAUGCAGGUCUCAGACAUUUACCGCUUCAGUGAAACCCACAAGCACGGGUAUGGUGCUGACAAAACUAGACACAUAAUCGGGCAAACUGGGAUUCGAACCCACAAUCAUAGGUUUCUGGCGUGCCCAAGGGAUGCAACUCUGCACAGCGAAUCGCGGCACCUUAGAAGACUGGGCCACCCGUGCCCCUACACACUUAACAAACAAAGCUUAACCUCAGUCCAUUCUGUAACGAGAACCAACUGUUUGAUUAAGUUCAACAGAAUACACUUUUCCUGGUGAUAAUGAAUUUUCAUACGUGUUCCAUUUUCAUCCUUGACGUGGCCAAGAUCUUCAGCUUUCAGAUAGACGAUGAUUUGUCAAUGCUAAUAUAUGUAUUAUCACAGCUCUGUUGUAUUCAUUUGGUUGAAUAAGGUUUUCAGAUUACAGAGAUGCUGAUCAAUUCAUUCCUUACUCUCUCCCUCUCUGUGGCCAAACAUAUUUUUCUGCAUUGACCUUGCUUGCUGGCUCUGUAAUUGAACAAUAUUCCUUGCUUAUUUAAUGUCAAUGCAACAUCAUGAAUGUCGACACUUGUCAAAUCUUGAUUUUCAUAUCGAAACCAGCAGUUGGACAGAGCGAAUGGAUGACAGUAAAGGCAAGCGGAUCUAUGUAUGGAUGGAAUAUUGUACAUUCCAAAUAUGGGUACAGGUUUGACUAUGUUGGUGUUGAUUGGCUGAAAGGAAAGGUCAGGUCCAAAUUACAGAGAGGGGUUGUAUAUUUUGUCAAUGACCUUGUUUUGUGAUUAUUAAAGAAUGACAGGAAACAAUGUUUUUCACGGAAUUAUUGUCAAGCUGUAUAUCAUUGUUUAAAUUUGGCUUCAAUGAAUCAGAUAUUGAUGUCUAGAAGAAUAUUAUGACUGAUCUGUAUAUUUGCAUAAUUAUUGAUAUAAUACAAGAGUUGCUUCCCUUUUGAUUUCAAUUUACUUUCAAAUUCUUCGGAUGACAAUCUUUUGACAUGAAACCAAACAAGUGAAGUAAAUGUUAGAACUUUAUUCCAAGACAAAAUGUUUUGAAAAAAAAAAUGUAAAUAAUUUUAAGAUAUGGAUGGUGAGAUUCCUCUUGGUGAUUUUCAAAAUUUUCCCACUGAGAUAAGGGAAGUAACUCUUGUUGAUUAGAAGAUAUGUGUUAUCAGGCUUGAAGUGUGCAGUGAAAGGGAGACAACUCCUGAUGGAGUAAGCAGCUUCUCGUUGCUGUGUUAUGCGAUGUUAGUUUUAUUUUAUGUAGAGAUAAACGGAGAAUCUCAAACAGUUUGGUUGAUUAUCAAUAAAUCUCAUUCUAUA